GCGGGAGCGCGGCCGCGGAGUCCGAGCUGAGCCGCCGCCGCCAUGGGGCAGAUCGAGUGGGCCAUGUGGGCCAACGAGCAGGCACUGGCGUCCGGCCUGAUCCUCAUCACAGGAGGCAUCGUGGCCACUGCUGCCCAGUUCACCCAGUGGUACUUUGGUGCCUACUCCAUUGUGGCAGGUGUGUUCGUCUGCCUGCUGGAGUACCCCCGGGGGAAGAGGAGAAAGGGAUCCACCAUGGAGAGAUGUGGACAGAAGCACAUGACGAAAGUGGUGAAGGUGUUCGGGCCCCUCACCAGGAAUUACUACGUCCGGGCCUUCUUGCACCUUGGGCUGUCAGUCCCUGCAGGCUUCCUGCUUGCCACCAUCCUGGGGACAGCCUGCUUGGCCAUUGCGAGCGGCAUCUAUCUGCUGGCCGCCAUCCGUGGCGAGCAGUGGACUCCCAUCGAGCCCAAACCCAAAGAGCGUCCGCAGGUCGGGGCCACCAUCAAGCAGCCGCCCAGCAACCCCCCACCCCGCCCCCCUGCUGAGGCCCGCAAGAAGCCCAGUGAGGAGGAGGCGGCAGCGGCUGCAGCAAGUGUCCCCGGCGGCCCCCAGGAAAACCCCAUCCCAGUGACCGAUGAGGUCGUUUGACCCUUGUGUGACCAGAGCCUCAAGCCUCUAGCCGCUUCCCCAGCGGCCCCACAAUAAAGAAAUGAAAGCUG